CCUAGCGUAUUCCUUUGAAUAGUCUGUAGCCUGCAUAUCGCUCAGGGCGAUGGGUCAGGGUAAAUGAAUUCAACUCAACUCAACUCAACUCAAUCAAUCAUCAAUCUUCUUCUUCGCACACAAGAGAGCUCUCGCCAUUCAACAGCGCUGGGGCGACGUCGUAAUGAUGGACUGCACGAGUUACUCCUAUGGGCCGUGGGCAAUUGAACGUCUUUCGCGGGUCAUAAAGAAGCCUUCAGUCUUCGUCACUGACUGUGAAUUGGCGUUAAAAAAUACUCUCAAGACUCACUACAGCGACGUUCCACAACAGCUCUGUACAUGGUAUAUUACUGAGAACGUCGGCAGCAAGAUCAGGCAGGCCUGGGCACAUCAACCUGAUCCAGAUGUAGAGACUACAGAGGAUAGCGAAGAUAUCGAGCAGCAGCGGACGGCAUGUGCACGUCGCUUUCAACACCUUGCUAGUGCUCCCACGCCUGCAGAAUGGGAUACUCGCUGGGAGUCCAUUCAGAACGACUACGCGGAGAAGGAGGACUUUGUUAGUUAUAUUCGAACACAAUGGGUCCCUUUCAAGGAGCAGUGGUGCCGGGCAUAGACUGCUUAUAACCUUAAUUUUGGUGUUCGGUAUGUACUACGUGCUACACCAUUGAAAACAGCUGACUACACAGUGUUACAUCUAUCGCAGAAGGUGCCCAUGGCCGUGCUAAGCUAUUCCUCAAUCACCAGAGGCAGAACCUACUUACGCUCGUUGAGCGUCUCCUUCAAGCAAUGAAGAACGAGUGGCAGGAUAUUGAGCAUAAGGAGGCAUA